CGCCAGAAUUUCACGUGUAUAAAUAAUACUACAUUUGUAUAUCAGCUGUGUAAGAGCUGGAGUGUGCACGGUUAGAGUUUUCGCCCAGCUGAAAUUGUCUUCUCUUUGCUGUCACCAUGUGGAUCCAAGUGCGUUCCAUGGACGGUAAAAAGUCCAUCCAAGUGGAUGGACUGUCAAAACUGACCAAGGUGGAGGAGCUGAGAACUAAACUGGAAAACCCCUUCGAUGCUCCACCAGAAAGACAACGCCUUUUCUACCGUGGAAAACAGUUAGAAGAUGGGCACACUCUGUUUGAUUACGAUGUUGGACUCAAUGAAAUUGUUCAAAUUAUGGUGCGUCAGUGUCUCCCAUUGCAAGCUAGCCUUCCUGUUAAUUCAGCUAACUGUAACGGCUACAUCAGCGAUAGCUCUGAUGUUGCUAUGGAAACGGGCGAGGCUAUUGGAAGUGAUACUGCUGGUCCUUCUUCAAGCCACGAUGAAAAUGAAGAGAAUGAAACAGGCAGCAUAUAUAGGGUUGGUGAUAUAGUUGAUUGCCUGGAUAUCGGAUCAGGAGCUUGGUUUGAAGCAGAACUAAAAAUAAUUACACCCAAAAACAGUAAUGCUGCAAAGAAUGAGGCUUGUGAGCCUAAUCAGGAAACCAAAGACCAAACAAACAUUAGCAAAGACAUUGUUGCCACGAAUACAAACAGUAGUGACUGUGUUGAUGGUCACUGUGAUAUCAAAAGUCUCAGUUACGAUAAAAAGGUAACCGAGAGGACUAGUGACGAGGAAAACGAGGAACCAAAUGCUGAUAAAAAAACUACAAAGGCUGAUGGGAAGGUUAAACCAGUCAGGAAUGAGGUGAAGCCUGAAGUGGAAACGGAGGAAGAACCAGAUGAUGGUUUUAUUUACAGUGUAACAUGGGAAGGUUAUGAAGGAACAAAUGAUGUCUGCAGUCGUCAUAUUCGACCAAGAGCACGAACCAUUAUAGAGUGGGAUGAUUUGAAGGAGGGUAUGACUGUUAUGGCCAAUUAUAAUCCAGAUGUACCGCAAGAACGAGGAUACUGGUAUGAUGUAAUAAUCACCAAUAAGAGAGAUACCAGGAAUAACAAGGAUAUUUUUGGUACAGUUUGUCUUGGUCAAAAGGGUAACAUGUUACAUGACUGCCGAAUACUAUUCAUUGACGAAAUCUAUAAAAUUGAAAAAGCUGGGGAAGCUAGCAGCAACCCAAAAGAUUUUAUGUUGAAUGAAGAAGGAUCUCCCGUGAAACGUCAAACGCAACCUGAAUGCAACCGUUGUAAAGACAAUCCACGACGAAAGUGUAAAUACUGUGCAUGUCAUGUAUGUGGAGGAAAGAAUGACCCAAACAAGCAGCUUAUGUGUGAUGAAUGUGAUAUGGCGUAUCACUUAGCUUGCUUGGAUCCGCCGCUAGAUUCUCUACCUGAUGUUGAGGAAUGGUAUUGUCCUAUAUGUAAAAAUGAUGACACCGAAGUUGUCAAAGCUGGUGAAAAACUGAAAUCCAGCAAGAAAAAAUCCAAGAUGGCAUCUGCUACAUCAACAACUAAUAGGGACUGGGGAAAGGGUAUGGCAUGUGUAGGUCGUACAAAAGUGUGUACCAUCGUUCCUUCAAAUCAUUUUGGUGAAAUACCGGGUAUUCAUGUGGGACAGUUGUGGAAAUUCAGGGUCCAAGUUAGUGAAGCUGGAGUUCAUCGACCUCAUGUUGCCGGUAUCCAUGGACGUGAACAUCAUGGUGCUUACUCUAUAGUUCUUUCGGGAGGUUACGAGGAUGAUCAGGACGAUGGGGACUGUUUUACUUACACAGGAAGUGGCGGAAGAGAUCUAUCGGGGAAUAAACGUACCGCUGAACAGUCAUGUGAUCAAAGGCUCACCAAAAUGAAUAUGGCUCUGGCACUGAACUGUAAUGCGCCUGCUAAAGAACAGGGCAAUGAAGCGAAAGAUUGGAAAAGUGGUAAACCUGUGCGUGUGAUUCGAAACUGUAAAGGACGUAAACAUUCCAAAUAUUCGCCUGAAGAAGGGAACAGAUAUGAUGGAAUAUAUAAAGUUGUCAAAUACUGGCCUGAGACUGGUAAAAGUGGCUUUCUUGUUUGGCGUUACCUAUUACGACGUGAUGAUGCAAACCCAGCACCCUGGACAGCUGCAGGCAAGAAAAAGAUCAAAGAACUUGGACUAAAACUAGUGUAUCCAGAAGGAUACCUUGAAGCCCAGAAAAACAAGGAAGAGCAAGAAAACAAGGGUUCCUCUCCAAAUAAAAAAGCUACCAAAGGCAAGAAAAGAAAACUGGAAGAAUCUCCCAUCAAAACCCCAUCUAAGAAGGCAUCCACUGAUAGCAUAUCUGGAGCUACAAAGAAAUUGAUUGUGGUUGACAAGGUUAAUAAGAAACUAUGGGAUGAAGCAGUCGCACAAGUCAAGGGCGGAAAGAAAUUUGUUGAAGCUGUUGAGGAGAUAUUUCAGUGUGUAUGUUGCCAGGAAGUUGCACUUGACCCUGUUACGACCCCAUGUCAACACAAUAUAUGCAAAUCCUGCCUGCAACGUUCCUUCCAAGCUAAAGUCUACAACUGUCCAGCUUGUCGUAAUGAUCUAGAAAAAGGAUGCACUAUAUCAAUCAACAAAGAACUACAAACCGCUCUAAGGAAAAUAUUCCCUGGUUACGAAAAUGGCCGAUAAAAAGAACCUCACUUUACAUUCCUAGAUACCUUAAUAAUACUAAUUAUUAGAUUUGCAAGGGCAUAUUUCUCUUUACCAAACAAAUUCUUUGAGACAAUCUUUUGUGACUGCUAAUUUUCUCAAGUUGGACAAAACAAACUUGUUUUUUAAAUACGCUAAAUAAUCUGGUUUCUAAGGACCAAUCAUUUUAAAAUGUUGCAGCUUAGAUCUGCUUUGGUUGCUUGGUAACCAUUUUUUCGAUUGUAUUUUACAGCAACCAUUUUACUGCACUUACAACUAUUAUUUUAAAUACAUAAUCUUUUCUAGUCUUUAUACAGAGUUGCACUUUAUUAUAUCCAUCAACAUCACUGCCUUAUCUUUUUCAAAACCAAAACUGCCUUAAAAAGUAUAUUUACAUAGAUUCUUUUUUACUAAUUUUUGUAUUUCAUUUGACAUUUCACAAAUGACAAUUCAAGCCACCUUGCAAGUUGAAGAAAACUUCUCGUAACUGCAAAGCUGAGAUUUAUGCAAGAAUUUCCACAGCGUGUUAAAUGUACACAAGUUCUCGAUAUAAAAAAAAAAUGUUUAUGCCCAUCUCCCAGCGAUAAGUAUCUUGAAGUUGAGUUUUCAGAAAUUUUGCUUUUUCCAAAUGACUGUGAUAAUUCUGCAAUCUAUUUACUACAUUCUUGAUGUGAAAAAUGGUGAUCUCUCAAAAAUAAAUCUCUAUAUAUUUUUACUUGUUCUGUUUACUUUGUUUGUACUGUUAAUGUUUAAAUGUAGGCUCUAUUUACUGUGAAUGUUUUAGUGUUCAUACUGUUAAAUAAAAUUCAUGUAUUUU